UUAAGUAAAGUGCACACCUGUUGUUCAGCUCCUGUAAGAGUACAGCAAGUUGUGCAAAAAGUGCUGAAACACUGAACAGUUGGACAUGUUCAUUCAAAAGUUUAGAGGUCAAGUUAAGUUACCCUGUAAAGUUUAUACCGUUGUGCAUUUUAGGUUCAUCGUGAAAUUUCACGUGAAAGCCCAAUACCCCUAACUUUUUCAGAGUACAACUUGUAUUAAAAUUAAAUGAUUCUUUUUUUAUUAUUAUUAAAACAUUUUACAAUGCUGGGCUCUAUUGGCCACGUGGUAAUCUGGCACGAAUAUGUAAAAAAAUAAAUACUGUAUUAACAUAUCCUAUUUAUCCUGUAGUUUAUUUGCAAAAUAUAAGAAAAUGGCAAUAUUUGGGAACGUCAUUGUUCAUCAGUAGGGGGCGACCUUGAGUAAUUUGAGAAAAAAAAUAGACCACGAUAAGCAUUUAGUUUAUUGUCCAAUAUAAAUACAUACAAUAAGUGGUUAGAGCUACUGGAUUUUUUAAAUGGCUACAUAUGCGGACAAAACCACAAAUUUGUCGAUAUCCGCCAAAGAUGUGCAACUGAUGUCAAGUAGACCAUUUGAAGGCAACACAAGAAAAGCCAUUCUAACGCGUGCUUUGCUGUUCGUGGAUCGGCUUAUUUUUACAGGACAGGUGGGCUGACCCACAGCCCUCGGAUCAGCUGGCAACAGCCUGCCGACCUCAGACGUACGUUUGUUGAAUCAAGACGGUUGAGAUCGCUGCUGAACCUUCGUGGCAUGUGGAAAGACCGACCAGAUACAGCCUGAUGUGGAUGAGAAAAAGUCUCGAAAUUCAUGAACUCUAAUGAGAAGACGCUAAAUGGGGAAUGAAGCGUUGUCUGACGAAUGAAACUUACCUUUUUCUACCUUUGCUGCCAUUUCUGCACCGUGGGCAAUUUUAUAUGAUGAAGUUUAAGCCCAACCAGACCAGGACGUACGACGGCGAAGGCUACAAAAGACGAGCGGCGUGUUUGUGUUUUAAAAAUGACGCCGAGGAUGAAGUAAGUCCCGUGUGUGUGCGCAACUGUUUAUUCCAUCUCUCGCCAGCUAGCCGUUAGCAUGUGUUAGAGACUUGACAGGUCAAAUUAAUACGUGGCAGUGGUAAAAGAGUUAGUGUUCUCCUCCUUCCUGAUUUCUUACCAUUUUGCGUGUUUGUCACUCUUUAAUGUUUCAGUUCAUCAAUCAAAUUUAAGGACUAGUCAAUGACAACAUAACUGAACACAAAAUGCAGUAUUAUUGGGGGGGGGGAGGGAAUCCAAACCUACAUGGCCCUGUGUGGAAAAAGGGAUUGCGCCCCUUCCCCAAACAUAACUAUCACACCUGCGUUCAAUUUCUAUAGCCACACCCAGGCCUCAUUACACGCAUACCUGCAAUCAAGAAAUCACAACUGCCUGACAAAGUUAAGUAGACAGCUGCUUUAACCGCCAAUAAACACAUGAAGAGAAGAAGAAUUACAGUAGUAUUUGUGAAGUAGACCAAAAGAUCCUCAACAGCUAGGCAUCAUGCAGAGCUCUAAAGAAAUUCAGGAAUAAAUGUAAACGAAAGUAACUGAGAUCUAUCAGUCUGUGAAAGGUUAUAAAGCCAUUUCUAAAGCUUUGGGAAUCUAGCGAUCUACAGUGAGUUAUCCUCAAAUGGCGAAAAUAUGGAACAGUGAUGAACCUUCCCAGGAGUGGCUGGCCAGCCAAAAUUACGUCCUAAGAACUGCAGGGCACACUUGCCUCAGUUACGGUCAGUGGUCAUGACGCCACCAUAAGAAAGACACUGGGCAGCAAGGGCUUGCAUGGAAGAGUUGCAUGACGAAAACCACUGCUGAACAAAAAAACAUUAAGGCUCGUCUCAAUUUUGCCAGAAAACAUCUUCAUGAUACCAAAGACCUUUGGGAAAAUACUCUGUGGUCUGACAAGACAAAAGUUGAACUUUUUGGAAGGUGUGUGUCCCGUUACAGCAGGCAGAAAAGUACCGCCGCAUUUCAGAAAAAGAACAUCAUACCGACAGUAAAAUAUUGUGGUGGUAGUGUGAUGGUCUGGGGCUGUUUUGCUGCUUCAGGACCUGGAAGACUUGCUGUGAUAAAUGGAACCAUGAAUUCUGCUGUCUGCCCAAAAAUCUUGAAGGAGAAUGUCUGGACAUCUGUUGGUAACCUCAAACUGAAACCAACUUGGGUUCUGCAGCAGGACAAUGAUCCAAAACACACCAGCAAGUCCACCUCUGAAUGGCUGAAGAAAAACAAAAUGAAGACUUUGGAGUGGCCUAGUCAAAGUCCUGACCUGAAUCCUAUUGAGAUGCCUUAAAAAGGCGCCUCAUGCUGGAAAACCCUCCAAUGUGGCCGAAUUACAACAAUUGUGCAAAGAUGAGUGGGCCAAAAUUCCUCCACAGCGCUGUAAGAGACUCAUUGCAAUUUAGGGGAAAUGCUUGAUUGCAGUUGUUGCUGCUAAAACAACACUUUUUCACACUUUUUUUUUAUACAGUCAUGGAAAAAAUGAUUAGACCACCCUUGUUUCUUCAGUUUAUUGAUCCAUUUUAAUGCCUGGUAGAACUAAAGGUACAUUUUUAUUUGGACAAAUAUAAUGAUGAUAACAAAUAUAACUCAUAAGAGUUGAAUUUAAGAGCUGAUAUCUACCAACUUCCAUGGUUUUCUUGAUAAUAACCAAAAUCGCUUAAGUUUUUACAGGAAUAGCUAUAGCAUUGUACUGCCAAAAAAUGUAACUCUUAUGAGAUAUUUUUGUUGUCAUUGUUACGUUUGUCCAAACAAAGCUACCUUUAGUUGUACCAGGCAUUAAAAUGAACAAGAAACUGAAGAAACAAGGGUGGCCUAAUCACUUUUUCCAUGAGUGUACACAAUGUUUUCUUGGGAACAUGCCUAACACAGUUACAUUAAGGAACGUCAGGAAGAAGCAGAACUUAUUAAAAUGCAUGCCAAAAUAAAAAGAGAUGAAAAAUUAAUAAAUACAGGACCAUUAAAGAAAAAAACAUUGCACAUUUAGGCUGGCUUGCAAAAUAAUGAUAUUGUGUUCUUAAGAAGACAUGAACUAGAAGAGUCAGAAUUUCAAAUAGAUUUUUACGGCAUUCAUGAAUGUGUACAUAUGCAGUACAUUUACACAUACUGUACUUCCACACCUCAUGCAUACAUUUCCUUCAAUUAUACACAUACUACUUCCUUGUUCCCCAUCAUGUUUACGUUUAGUCUCGAGCUGGCCUCCGGGCCAGGUCAUUGUAUUACCUGGUAAAAUAAUGGUUACAUUUAAAACAAAACAAAAAAAAAAGUACUAUAUAGAGAGUACUGUGUAUGCAGUAUUUCAACAUCUGUAAAUAGCUUUUGUGGAAGCGAGGAUGUCCUUGUCUGCAAAGUGAACACGUUCCAUCUCAGCAGCGUGAGAGACAUGGUGGUGGGUGUGUAGGGAGGUGUUGAAUGUUACAUAGUGUGCUAAACACCAAGUAACCUAUGAGCUGCAAUUUUUAGAAACAUGGUGCAGGCACUUGCUGUCCCCCUUGCAGAUUUGCUUUCAUGGCCUCUCUGCUGCCAAACCCCACCUCUGUCAUUGCCAGGCACUCUCCAUCGUAUCUCACAUUGAUAUCAAUCACUUGGAUUAUUGUUGAUCGUCGUGCAGGGAGAAGCAACCAUCUUACAUCACUAGGCAUGUUGUUCUAAGCCUUCAUUGAUGCAUACUAUUUUUGCUCUCAUUGCAAGUGUCACAGUUUGUGUGCUAAAGUAUCUGCCCUGUCUGCAUGCCGGGUUGACAGCCGUUUCCCUACAUGCCUGAGAGGUUUUAACCGUACAAACAGACAAAAGAAGUUCAUUAUCACUAAAAAAAUACAGCACAUUUUCAUGAACAUCUUACCUGGUCAGGCAAGAUAGGGCCUUACCACAUCAAUUACGGAUGGAAUGACAUGACCAAUAUUAUCAGGAUAUUUCUGAAAUUAGCUGAAAAUAUAGCCACACAGUGACUUAAAAAAGAUCUCUCUCUGUUUUUGAUGAAAGAUGUGAAUGUUUCUUUAUCGCAAAAUAACUGAGCCAGCACCGUAACACAUGUCCACAUCUGACUCUUUACAUUUGUCGUGGAGUUGGCUCAUGGCUUGAUUGCGCACAGAUAAGCACAAUCGUUAAAUUAUGAAGUAGUAUCACAGUUUAUCACAGUUUGUCUGAAAGCUGAAUGCCAUUUUCAUCCUUAAUAUCUUGCAUGUUAUUUGUCUAGGGCUACAUGCAUGCUGCCGGCACUGAGGAGCUGUGGUUCACUGAGGGAAACAUGAAUUCUAAGCAGAGUAUGGGGGGUAUACGGCAAAAGUGGCUCCACUUUGUGCUCAAGAUGCAAAUCCACAAAACCUAACAGCCACAAUUAGACUUAACUGGUCCCACGACGGUGGCUAUCGACUUACUUUGUCAAGUCUGGUUUUCGGCUUUGUACCGAGUGCGCGUUUACAUGAACGGGGGCGUUUGACGUCAUAUUAUUCUACCUCCGCUGAAAGUGAGGCGAUCCCAGCCAGUCUAUUUUACAAAAAAUGAGUACGUAAUUAUUAUGGAGCGUUAUGAUGAGUUCCCAAAAGAUUAGGACUGCUAAAAGCAACACUGUCUCCGCCAAUACAGCGAGGGAGGACUGCUGGCAUGCCAGCAUGCAGCGUGUGAAUGCACAAGUUAACACUGAUUAUUAUAAAAACUAUACCCUACUAGUCUUUACAUUUAUCAACGCUCAACAUUGCACAACUUUGACAUAUUAACAAUUAUUCAUAAAUACAUUGGAGCAACAACUUUUGUUUUUUAAGACAUAAAUUCAUUACAUAUUUUAAUCUGAUGUAUCUCGUUGUUUCCACUGGAUGGGAGUGUUUUGCGUACGACGUGUUUUGUGGCGACUUUGAUUUUUUUUUUUCCUUUUUAUACAGUAAUAGAACACCUUUGAGAACCUCGUAGGUUCUAAAUGAAUGGUGACGCCACUUCCGAAUUAGUUAAACAGUGAAACAGUAGCACUUUCAUAGCUGAUUUCAAGUUUAAAGCCCGGACAUAACCUGGUCCCGACCAGACUAUGAGCUUAGCCUAAGUUACCAUGGCGAUACAGCUGCUUUAAAAGAGAGCUACCUUCGCUGAACACGCAAGUAUGGCUUUCCGCUCAACGCAGCUCGCUAACCCACUAAACUCACUUCGCAGAAUAGAAUAAUAUGACCCCCUCCCUUUGUGAACUAGGCCGCAUGGCAGUUUUCUAACAUUAUCACAAGCCCAAGCACAUCCACAAGAUAACGCCUUGCUGAGGAAGUUUUAAGGUGAAUGUGAUGUAGUGUCCAAGUAUUUACACUCCAGACCUGAACCCAAUUGAGCACCUAUGGGUCAUCCUCAGACACUUAGGUGCCCACUGACUACUGUUGUAUCCAAGUUUAAUUUCCAUAGUGUUGUGCCGUGGGAAGAUAUAAUAAAAUGGCUGCUGAAAUGUUAGUGAUGUACUCAGUAAUAUGACCUGGACUGUCCCCUCACCCCACCCCCCGAACAUCAUUGCAGGCAAAGAGAUAAGCAUGGCUUCUGUCCGAGCAACAGCUUUAUCAGAACAGAAAAGAAUGUAAUUUUCCAUAGCACCAAAACAUUGGUAGCUUUAAUUGGACAUAUUUGCACCCACCUUUCUGUCCCUUUUGAGUAUGUUGUGGCUGCACGAAAUGAAGGGCAGCCUUUAGCUGGAGUGUGGACUUCACAUGCCCAGUGUGCUUGACAAGCCUGCGCAUGACCUCAGCUCCAGCUUUACGACAUGUCUGCUACAUGCCUUCUCAUUCACUCUCCAUGGUUUUUCAGAAUGGAAUGAACGUUGUUUAAAAUGGGGCGCAGAAAUGAAUGUUUAACAGUUUGUUUUCAUCCACAAUGAAGAAAAGCCUUCAUGAAAGUUCAUUCAUUGCCCUCCAGAAGUAUUGGAACAGUGAGGUCAAUUCCUUUAUUUGUGCUGUAGACUGAAAACAUUUGGGUUUGACAUCAAAAGAUGAAUAUGAGACCAGGGAACAACAUUUCAGCUUUUAUUUUCCAGAUAUAUACAUCCGGAUGGGAUUCACAGUUUAUAUAGCGCCUUGUGUUUGAACGCACCCAUUUUUCAAGUGAGCAAAAGUGUUGGAACAUGUGACUGACAGUGUCUGUUUUGUUGCCCACGUGUGUCCUGUUGUAGUGUUUAUUCGGUCAAUAAAUAACUACUCUCAGUUUCAGAUUGGGUAGCAUAGGUUUUGCCUUUGUAGAUUGCAUUUAGAGGUGAAAACAACAUGAAAACCAGAGAGCUGUCUAUGGGCGAAAAGCAAGCAAUUGUGAAUCUGAGAGAAGAUGGAAAAUCAGAAACAUUGCACAAAUAUUGACCAUAGCCAGUACAACCAUUUGGUGUUACUGGUGAGCAGCAGCCGACAUCCAGACCAGUGGAUUGUUCCGGGGGGAGGAAUGGAACCUGAGGAGGAGCCCUGUGGGGCUGCUGUCAGAGAGGUGUAUGAGGAGGCUGGGGUGAAGGGAAAGCUUGGCAGACUACUUGGGAUUUUUGAGCACAAUCAAGACAGAAAGCACAGGACCUAUGUCUAUAUUCUCAUAGUGACCGAGAUACUGGAAGACUGGGAGGAUGCUGUCAAUAUAGGAAGGAAACGUAAAUGGUUCAAGGUUGACGAAGCCAUCCGGGUGCUCCAGAGCCACAGGCCUGUCCAUGCAGAAUACCUGCACAGAUUCAAGAACACCCGUAAUCCCACCUGCAGUCCAGUGUGUCUCCCAAGUAAUGGGAACACACUGGGCUCCCAAGUGAUGGACAACAACACCCCUCACUAUGCUGUCUGCGCCAAACAAGCCUCAGAUCUCGUCAACCGAUAGAGAGCUCUUGAGGGACUCCAAGAUGGACUCAUCAAAAACACCGUUACCUACAUUACUUGUACAGACUCCUGAGAUUCACUCUAUGGAGUACAAACUCCCCUGACAUUGAUUGGAUACCCAUUUGAAGUGAGCUUGGACAGUGCCAAAAUGUUUUCCAGUAUUAGUUGAUGUUAAUUUUUUUUAUAUUAACCAUCACCCGUUGGCAGAGCAAAUGUGUCCCUUUAAAGCUUUAUGCCUUAUUUUUACAGUGCUGCUACUAAAACGUAAACGGUUAUUUUCAUUAUUUCAUGGUGAGUAAUAUUUGAUUAUCCCCAAAGUGCCUCAGUGACAAAUCUUUACCAUUUGAAAGAUGUUUUGAAGGAGUAGAUGAAUGAAUACUGACUUACUAGGGGCGUAACGGUACGCCAUAAUCACAGUUGGGUAUGUCCCUCAGUUUUAAGGGCAUGGUUUAAUUCAUUUUCAGUACAGUCAGAGAACAAAAUGCAAAAUAUAAAACUGCUUAGCUACCAACUGCUAGCAGUUAAUGCGCCAUUACAUUUAAUUAUCACAUAAAAAUAUACAAUUAAUUGAAAAAAUAUGUAUGAAAAAAUAUAAUACUUUAGAACAUAUUUUUAGGAAAGUGCAAACAAGUGCAACAGUGACAGCUUGAACAAAAUUAUUUUAUCUUUCGAAAGUUAAAGUUAUUAUUGGCUGAAGGGCACCAUUAACAGUUCCAGUAGCCCCACCCCCCAUCUCUGCUGAAUGAUGGCAGUGCACUGCUCUCGUCUUAUCCACUUGUCUUCAUCCGUUUGUGUAUUUCACCAGGAAGGCCAAGUGCUCUCAAACAGGAAAUUGUAACGGCAGAAGAGAGUUUUCAAGCUUUGGCUUUUCCUUGGCAGUAUUGCUAGCCAAACAUUGGGCUGUACCGUAUGUGUUAACAGAGCAGACACAUAACUAUAACUUCAUGAAGUUACACUUCCUGUGCCUCACUCGUGUUGUAUGUGGGAAUGUUCUGUAUGGAAAAAAGUAAUUAUGAAUACAUGUACCCUUACACCCCUAUUACGUACUGCUAGAACUGUAAAGGUGCAGAUGAACUCAUGUAACCUCAUUAGACUGAGUUAAGGGCAAAGUCUAUUGUAAACAUCAUUGCUGCACCUGCAAUUACCACCCAUAAUUCAUUUUGCCUUGAACUUACAGCAGAUGUGACCUAUUUGAUCUUCAAAAGUCUAGAAAAAUGCAUGUUUUUACAAGUCUGAUUCUGAACGACAUCUGACUGGGCGAGAAGGAGGCAUUAGUUUUAUCAGGGUUCCAAUGUGUUGUGUGUAAAAAAGUUUUUCAAUGUGCCUUGAAACUCACAAAACACAUAGUGUUUGUGCAGUGGCAGCUCAUGGGCCACAUGAGCAAUGGCCUAGGGUGGCAUUCUCUGCAAGGAUGGGGGGGGGGAGUUUCAAAAAGUUACUCGAUGCUCAUUUGCUCAUAGUACUGUAAGAGAGGUGGACAUCCUCUACAGGCGGGAUACCGGCGCCUCUACAGUACAGUAUACUGCUCACAUGAAGUAGAUACAACUAGAGAUGCUCAAUUUUGGCUUUCUUACCAAUAUCCGAUAUUUUCCAGCACUGCAUUAGACAGCAGCUCUUUCCUCUAACUACUGUUGUGUAAUGAACACAUUAUGCUUCCUUUACUGUGAUGCCAUUGUAUGCAUUUCACAAACACUUUGCAAUUUAAGAGAAAUACCGCAAUAUGCAAUACAAGUUAAAGAAAAAGUGACAGAACGUUGAGUGUGACUCUGAGUUGUGAUAUUAGAUUAGACACACAUUAGGCACAUAUUACUCAUAACACUGACUUUCUUACAUUUACAGUAUUUAGCAUGCUUAAACAGCAAUUAUUUAUUACAUAGUCCAGGGAUAUAGACCUCUAGUCAUGAACACCUGCAUUGUAGGCAUCAUUUGAAAGGUAAACUGUUUUACUAACAGACACUCUCAGACACUUUAUUUAUUUAUUGACUCUUAUAACCUCUUUGCAAGAAAUCGGAAUAUUUUUCCUAAUGUCCGUGACUUACUCAAUCUGCUGUAUACUUUCAUGCUGUUUAUGAAAAUGUUCAAUGAAAAAUGUUGAC